UCCGCGGGAAGAUGGCGGCUCCGCUCAUCCCCCUCUCCCAGCAGAUUCCCACUGGAAAUCCAUUAUACGAAUCAUAUUACAAGCAGGUCGAUCCAGCAUAUACAGGGAGAGUCGGGGCAAGUGAAGCUGCACUUUUUCUAAAGAAGUCUGGCCUCUCAGACAUUAUCCUUGGGAAGAUAUGGGACUUGGCUGACCCAGAAGGUAAAGGGUUCUUGGACAAACAGGGUUUCUAUGUUGCACUGAGACUGGUGGCCUGUGCACAGAGUGGCCAUGAAGUUACCUUGAGCAAUCUGAAUUUGAACAUGCCGCCACCUAAGUUCCACGACACAAGCAGUCCUCUUAUGGUCACUCCGCCUUCUGCAGAAGCCCAUUGGGCUGUGAGGGUGGAAGAAAAGGCCAAAUUUGAUGGGAUUUUUGAAAGCCUUUUACCCAUCAGUGGUUUGCUCUCUGGAGACAAAGUCAAGCCAGUCCUCAUGAACUCAAAGCUACCUCUUGAUGUCCUGGGCAGGGUCUGGGAUCUCAGUGACAUCGACAAGGAUGGACACCUGGACCGAGAUGAGUUCGCUGUGGCCAUGCACUUGGUGUACCGAGCCCUUGAGAAAGAACCUGUGCCCUCCGUCCUGCCUCCAUCCCUCAUCCCACCCUCAAAGAGAAAGAAGACUGUGUUCCCUGGUGCCGUCCCCGUCCUGCCUGCCAGCCCUCCACCGAAAGACAGUCUCCGCUCCACACCGUCUCACGGAAGCGUCAGCAGCCUCAAUAGCACUGGCAGCUUGUCCCCCAAGCACAGCAUCAAACAAGUACAGCCAGCAGUGAACUGGGUGGUGCCGGUGGCAGACAAGAUGCGAUUUGAUGAGAUAUUCCUGAAGACUGACCUGGACCUGGAUGGCUACGUGAGUGGUCAGGAGGUGAAGGAGAUCUUCAUGCACUCAGGCCUCACUCAGAACCUUCUAGCACACAUAUGGGCCCUGGCCGAUACGAGGCAAACGGGGAAGUUAAGCAAAGACCAAUUUGCGUUAGCUAUGCAUUUCAUUCAGCAGAAGGUCAGUAAAGGCAUCGACCCCCCUCAAGUCCUCUCGCCAGACAUGGUCCCGCCCUCGGAGAGAGGCACUCCCAUCCCGGACAGCUCAAGUUCUCUUGGCUCAGGGGAGUUCACUGGUGUGAAGGAGCUUGAUGAUAUUAGUCAAGAGAUCGCUCAGUUACAAAGAGAGAAAUACUCACUGGAACAAGACAUUAGAGAGAAGGAAGAGGCAAUCAGACAGAAAACCAGUGAAGUACAGGAAUUGCAAAAUGAUUUAGACCGGGAAACAAGCAGUUUGCAAGAGCUUGAAGCUCAAAAACAAGACGCUCAAGAUCGCCUUGAUGAAAUGGACCAGCAGAAGGCCAAACUGCGAGACAUGCUGAGUGACGUCAGACAGAAGUGCCAGGAUGAGACCCAGAUGAUUUCAUCAUUGAAAACACAAAUCCAGUCUCAGGAAUCUGACUUAAAGUCCCAGGAAGAUGAUCUGAACCGGGCCAAGUCAGAGCUGAACCGAUUGCAGCAGGAGGAAACCCAGCUGGAACAGAGCAUCCAGGCUGGGCGAGUCCAACUGGAAACCAUCAUCAAGUCUCUUAAGUCAACUCAAGACGAAAUCAACCAGGCAAGAAGCAAGCUGUCCCAGCUGCACGAGAGCCACCAGGAUGCCCACCGGAGCCUGGAGCAGUAUGACCAGGUGCUCGAUGGGGUCCACGGUACUAGCCUGACCGACCUGGCCGACCUGAGUGAAGGAGUCUCCUUGGCAGAGAGGGGCAGUUUUGGAGCCAUGGAUGAUCCUUUCAAAAAUAAAGCCUUGUUAUUUAGCAACAAUACACAAGAAUUGCACUCGGAUCCUUUCCAGGCAGAAGACCCCUUCAAAUCCGACCCAUUUAAAGGAGCUGACCCUUUCAAAGGUGACCCCUUCCAAAACGACCCCUUUGCAGAGCAGCAGAUAGCUUCAACAGAUCCAUUUGGAGGGGAUCCUUUCAAAGAAAGUGACCCAUUUCGUGGCUCCACUAACGACGACUUCUUUAAGAAACAGACGAAGAACGACCCUUUUACCUCAGACCCGUUCACAAAAAACCCAUCCUUACCCUCAAAGCUUGACCCCUUCGAAUCCAGUGAUCCCUUUUCAUCCUCUACUGUCUCCUCAAAAGGACCAGAUCCCUUUGGAACCUUAGACCCCUUCGGAAGUGGGUCUUUCAGUAGUGCUGAGGGCUUUGCCGACUUCAGCCAGAUGUCCAAGCCCCCAACUUCUGGCCCUUUCACCUCCUCCUUGGGAGGGGCAGGAUUCUCAGAUGACCCCUUUAAAAGUAAACAGGACACUCCUGCUCUGCCUCCGAAGAAACCUGCUCCUCCACGGCCUAAACCGCCCAGCGGUAAAAGUACACCUGUAAGCCAGCUUGGUUCUGCAGACUUUCCCGAACCCCCUGAUCCAUUCCAGCCACUCGGGGCUGACAGCGGCGACCCGUUCCAAAAUAAAAAGGGGUUUGGGGACCCAUUUAGUGGAAAAGAUCCAUUUGUCCCCUUCUCUUCAGCUAAGCCUUCUAAGGCCUCUUCCUCGGGCUUUGCAGACUUCACCUCUUUUGGCAAUGAGGAGCAACAGCUGGCGUGGGCCAAGCGGGAGAGCGAGAAGGCAGAGCAGGAGAGGCUGGCGAGGCUGCGGCGGCAGGAGCAGGAGGACCUGGAGCUGGCCAUCGCGCUCAGCAAGGCCGACAUGCCCGCUGCUUAGGCGCGGGGCUGUGAGCGAGGGCAGGAUGGGGCGCAGGCGGUAUAAGAGUGGAGAUGAUGCAGAUGUCUAUAUGUACACACACACACUCAGAGCAGUCCCCAUUUCAUGUUGUGACAUGCCACAGCCACCAUACAUCAAGAACUAGGCACUCUGGAGGGCUCAUUCAGGUCAUGCAAAUGCAGCUGCAGUCAGAAAGACCUGGAGAGAUCACAUCUCCUUGGGAAGUGUCUUGCACAGGCUAUCUUGGGUCCUUCUCUCCAGUAUGCCACCCACUGUGGGCUAACUGAACCCACCUCUUCCUCUGAGAACAUGCACAGGGCGGCUGGCCGAGCAAAGGGGGGUGCCAAAGGCCUCCCUGCCCCAUCCCUCCUCACCCCUGCCCAUCAGCCCUGCCCCCCGCAUCCAGUGAGACACACUCCCCCCAGCGAUGUAUGCAUU